AACACAUAAUUCUAAACAGAAGAUGUAUCAUUUCCAAGCACAACGUGUCAGCUCGCACGACAAGACAAUUGUGUAAUUCGACAGAACUGAAGUUCAAGGUAAACUAGUAGCAGUACAUAGCGUUUGAACAUUUGCCACUUACAACUGGUGGAUAUUGUGUUCUGCCCAGGUGUCUGUAUAAAGCCAGAGCAAAAAAAUGGGAGAGUGGGGAUUCCUGUCGUCGCUGCUGGACAAGGUGCAGUCGCACUUCACGGUCAUUGGAAAGGUUUGGAUGACCGUCCUGUUUAUCUUCAGGAUCAUGGUCCUCGGAGCAGGGGCGGAGAAGGUGUGGGGCGAUGAGCAGUCCAAUAUGAUUUGCAAUACCAAACAGCCUGGUUGUAAGAACGUGUGCUACGACCAUGCCUUCCCCAUCUCCCACAUCCGCUUCUGGGUCCUUCAGAUCAUCUUCGUCUCCACCCCAACGUUGGUGUACCUGGGACAUGUCAUGCACGUCAUCCACAAGGAGAACAAACUGAGGCAAUGGCUGAGUCAGGCAGGCAAUGAGAUGGGGAAAAUGCCUAAGUAUUCUGAUGAGAAGGGUCAUGUCAAAAUCAAAGGUGAAUUGCUGGCUAGUUACACAGUCAAUAUAUUCUUCAGGAUUCUGCUUGAGAUAGCGUUUAUAGUGGGUCAGUAUUACUUGUAUGGGUUUAUUCUGGACCCCAAAAUUGAAUGCAGCAGAGCUCCCUGUCCGUUCACUGUAGAAUGCUUCAUGUCACGACCAACAGAGAAGACCAUCUUCAUCAUCUUCAUGCUGGUGGUGGCUUGUGUAUCUCUGCUGCUGAAUGUGGUGGAGAUAUUUUAUCUGAUAUGCUCUAAGUGUGGCUCUGGCUCAAGAAGACGAGCCCAAGAAGUCCCAGCCAUCGCAAUGCACAGCUAUCUGGAUGGGGGCAGUACUGCCUGAUUGAUUGAUCACCACUCAGCUACUCAGUGGCAGAGAAAGGAUGACACUGAAACUGUUCCGUCCUAAAAUAAUGCAGUGUCUAAAAAAUAUUGUUAGGCUUGGCUUGAUUCUAUAAGUAUGGGUUAAUAUGAUGCAGUAGGUGUAACAGGACUGAAACUUUGAGCUUGAUUUAUUGUCCUCUGGUAAACCAAGCCAACAUGUUGUAUUUGUUCAUGGUGUGCACUAGAAGGAAAUCAAAUGCAACGCAACCUAAUUUUCAGCAGUCUUGUCGCUCCUCAGUGAGAUGGUCCUGAAUUGGCUUUUUGUGAUCAUGUGAUCAUCUUAAUAUAAUGUGAUUCAUCAUACAUUGUUUGGGUUAUUGAAACCACACUGACCGAAGUGACCAAAACAAAAUCCAGAAAAUAUUUGUGACUUUCAAUAUUUGUAAAUAUGUCAGUUUGAUUUUUGUAUUUAUUUUAUGUGGUUGUAAAUAAAAUUCAAAAAAUGUGA